AUUCUUAGUUCUACAAAUACCUUACCUUACCUUUCUUGCCCUCCUUGUCUAUCUACCGUCUACCCUGUCUGCUCUAAGGUGGUCGGUUUCUGUUCACGCUUUUGUAUGUUUUCCCUUCAUGACACCAAUCAUCUUCUUACGGAUAGUUUCAGGUUUCACGAUGUAUUCAGUCUCGACCACGAACAAAUCUACUACUACUCGUCGCACCCAACGUGCCAAGUCAAAGAUACCUCUCUAUCCUUCUGCUUCUAUACUACAGUCAUUUACGAUAUCGCCCAACUCACCGCCUUUGCUCGAAGAUCCCUCUUUUCUCAGCCUCGAGACCUUUAAGCAAAUACAGGGCAAGCUGGAACGUGAAGCUAGUCUCUUUGGCGAUAAACUACCCUGUACGCCUACGACUCCUUUCUUCGUUGAAAGACGCGUCCUAUUCUAUCUCAACACGACCAAAGCGUGCGUUCCUCUCUGGGAUCGCAAGUCCCAUACCGAAGUCUUCCGUGAUUUCGACUUGGAGCCCGCAUCGCCUAACAACAUUGACCAUGACACAGCGAUUCGUAUCAUUCCUAGCCACCGCAAAUCCGUGAAAGAGGUACAACCUCUGGUUCUGCGCUACCAGAAGAAGCUCGUUGCUUCAUGGAGUCAGCUCUACGCUAUCUUCAUGCGUCAUCAUGUCAAGAACGACCACUGCUGUGCCGAAGAAACAUUCAUAUCCAUUGACGCCGUUUACGCCUUUGUGCCGCGUAGGGUUGUUGAUCACAUCGUGGGAGCUUGUCGUACAUGCCGCCGUCAAUCCACAGCUGUGACUCUGGCCAGACAGCGGACUGGCCUUGUGGAUAUCACGAACCGAGCCAUACAAGACCACGCCUUUCCGAAUGCCUUAGCCAAAGGGAAGCGAAGGGACACUGUCGAUGAUGGAUUGAACAGCUCUCCAAUCCCCGCCGGCAACUCUUUGUUUGGGUCUCCUGUCAGCGAAACCGCCAGAAAGCGCGCGAGGAGGAUAUUGGACCUUGAUUCUCCAGUUAAGAGGAAAGUGAGCGCGGAUUUUGCCUGAAAGAGGAGCGCUCGCGUCGCUUCGAUUGUUCGACAUUUUAGAAAUCAUACCCUUGCUAUAUACAUGACGCACUACGCACUACACAGUAUCCAUGGCUAUCUUUCGUGUCGUCUCGAUAUCAAUGACUACAAUGCUUACAUUGGCACGCCGAAA